AUGAUGACCUUCGAAUUCACAUAUCUUUUGGCCUUCAAGCUGUUAUUUGUGUACCGGUACCUGCGAUUGGUUGUGAACCUGUUUGCAGUAUGGACGUUUCGACCAAUACCACCACCAGAGAACCCAACUUUGACAUCACAAGAUGUAUCCAUCAUCAUCCCCUCGCUGUCUGGCUGUGGAGAGGAGUUGGAGGAGACGAUCCGUACCAUCCUGCUCAACGAGCCGUACCAGAUCUUCCUGGUGACCAUCGACGCCAACCGCGCCAACGCAGAGCGCAUGCUGAAGAAGAUGCCAGCUUCCCGGACAAGAAUCCAACUUCUCAGCAUCCCCAAGCCCAACAAGAGACGGCAGAUGGUGCGCGCCAUCCCUGAGGUGCGGACGGAGAUCACCAUCUUCGUGGACGACGACGUUAGCUGGCCCAAGACAGAGCUCAAAUGGAUCCUGGCAGUGUUCGACAAGGAUCCCAUCUACGGCGGCGUAACCACAUGCCAGCGCCUGCGGAGGGUCGGCGCACCGCUGUUCUCGAUGCAACGGGCCUGGGACUUCCUCGGUGCUCUGUAUCUAGAACGUCGAAAUUUCGAUUGCGCCGCCACCACGCAUAUGGAUGGCGGGAUGCCCUGCCUGUCGGGACGGACCGUUGCGUACCGAACCAAGAUACUCCAGGACCGCGAGUUCACGCUGGGCUUCACCAACGAGGAGUGGUGGUUUGGACGCUACGAGCUGAACGCAGACGACGACAACUUCCUCUCGCGCUGGAUGGUCACUCACGGCUGGGAGACGUACUUCCAAUAUCACCCCGAAGCGGAAAUCCAGACGACGCUCGAGGACAACCCGCAGUUCCUCAAGCAGUGCGUCCGCUGGUCUCGCAGCAACUGGCGCAGCAACCUGACUACUUUGGUACAAGAACAGGUAGUCUGGUUCCGCCAACCAUGGAGCACCUAUGCCGUCUUCCUGACGACGCUCUCCCCGCCCGCGCUGGUCGGCGACCUAUGUCUUCUCGCCUUCUGCUACAAGGGAACAGAGGCCUGGGACCCCCAGCAGCGAGCAUGGGCAUUUCAGGCCCUGCUCCUCUGGAUGUUCGUGAGCAAGUUCAUCAAGCUGCUGGGCCACUACAUACGGUAUCCGGCCGACUUCCUGCUGCUGCCCGUCUCUAUCUUCUUCGGCUACUUCCACGGCCUCAUCAAGCUGUAUGCCGCCUUCACUCUCAACGUGACUACUUGGGGCACCCGUGAAGGCGCCGAUGUCAGCGAUACCGACCGCAUGCGGGAAAAACAAAAUUACGAGAUCCUCGCUCCCAACCCAAAAACUCACAACCUCCGUCAACCUUCGCCGCCACUACAGGAGAAACUGUAA